AACACUUUCAUUGUGACAAUUUCUCCUUAUUCUGCAUAUUAUUCAAGCAAAUAGGAUAUAUAUUUAUCUAAGAGUGGCAUAGAAAUUCUUUGUGACUGACAAGAAAGGAGUAGAACAUCAAAAUGACGUUCCCGGCGAGUCACAAGACAGUGUUUGUGUUGGAUCACACGCUGACUGCUUCGUCGGGAGUCAAGUUGGAAAUUGAUGGCUUUAGUAAAUCCAGGAGUGGAAACAGUAAUAGCCAACCACAAUCACAACCGAUGAACCUUAUACCUUUGUUGCCAGUUACCAAAUCUCUUUGGACGUGUGCUGUGGAAGCCAUUACGGAAUAUUGCAGAAUAGUGUGGGACAUCUUCCCAGGAUCUCGCCUUAUACGCUUUAUUGCAGUUGACAAAACUGUUCACAAGUUGUCCUCAUGGAACCUGGAAGACCAGUGCUUAACCAGCCUGAUGAAUGCAUUCAUGGCCCUUGGACCAGCCAAAAACAUUGGGGGCAACAAGCUGGAUUUGAUAAAAGGUAUUAAGGCAGCCAUUGAGGCUCUGACUAAACCUUCAGCAGUUCAGCAUGAAAAGAGAACUUCACUCACUGAGAAUGCUACCAAGGUGCUGAACAAAGGGAGAAUUAUUUUGGUGACCAAGUUGGAUAGUGAGGAAGAGGUAAAAAACAUCAAGGAAAAAUUUCAUGGAACCUUAUUGUACAUGAACAAGAAUGCUGCUGCCACAGAUAAUUUAAUGGCAAUCAAUCACUGUGACCUUGUCAUUCUCAACUUGUGGCCAGAGGGUCCACCAUGCCCUAUGCCGAUCAAAUCAUGGCCAGAUGUGUCUACUAUUGUGUCCUGUGAGUUCACAAACAUCCAGUGUGGGACUGCCUUAGCUCCAAAACUUUGCAAUCUGGUGCUGAAACACUAUGACUUAGCCUCAACCACAGUGACUGGUAUACCAAUGAAAGAGGAGCAAAAUGCAAGUUCAUCAGCAAACUACGAUGUUGAACUAUUCCAUCCAGCAGCUGCUCAUGCAGCAAUUUUAAAAGGAAUUCCAUCAGAAACUGCACAUCUUAAGACAUAUCGUGAAGGUACAGAUUAUGAGACAGUAACACUCAAGUGGUGUACUCCUCGCAGCAAUGCUAGCAUGGAAUUGCAGCACUGCUCAUCUGCCUAUAGGAUAACAUCUGUUGAUGUUAAUAGCAGACCUUCUUCUUGUCUAACAAAUUUCUUACUGAACGGACGAUGGGUUAUGUUGGAAAUGCCACGCAAGUCAGGAAGUAAAGUCAUAUCACACAUGCUGGCUUGCCAUGGAGGAGAUAUUUAUAUUCACACUAUGUACACUUCACGUAGUAUACUGGAAGAUCCACCGUCAAUCAGUGAGGGAUGUGGAGGCAGGGUUACUGACUACAGGAUUCCUGAUUUUGGAGAACUAAUUAAAGCAAAUAAAUUAGCCCCAUUUCCAGCACCCACAUCAGAAAGUGAAGAGAGCUUGACACCACUUGAGCGGAGCAAAGAACAACUUAACAGACACACUAAGUACUGGCCAAUAACAUUGUCUUCAACAUCACUUUUCAAUUUGGGUCCUCAGAUUGAACCUCUGGCAGCAUUAAUGCUAGAAGACAAUCUAACAGAGGAUGAAGUGGUUGAAUGCAAGCAGGUGAUUCUGUAUCUGAUGAACAUGGAAGCUCGAGGAGACCCUCUCCCAUCUCCCAUGGCAGGGCAGAGAGGGAAGGGAAUGAAACGAGAGGACCAGUAUAGGGCAGUGUGGGCAGAGCUUGAACAAUACCUCCAGCUCCAUCUUCAUACUCCAGCACAUGAAAAAGUUCUUGAAUGCCUGAUGGAAUGUCACAACAAAGCUGCAACCCCAGAAUACAAAGGAGAUGAGAAAGUUGACAUUGAUCAGGCACUGAAGGAAUUAGACGACUGUAACUAUGUUGCAGAUAGAGACAAGGCUGAGUUUGGGUCUGGUGGAGGAGGCAAACAUACAGCAGGGGACCUCUCUUUACCAGAUAGCAAGAGAAGAAGAACAAUUCCACCUCCUCUAGCACCCAUGGGCCGUAGCAGUGGAAUGAACCUCCUCACAUUAUGGGAGAAUAAAGUAUCAUCAGAAGAAUCACGUCGUUGCUUGGAAUUCCAGGGGAGACUUAAAUCUGAGGAUAAUGUCACUAAACUCUAUGUUAACCUACAAAAAGAUAAAGAUAAAGAGUAUAAAAGUGUAUUAGUUAUUAUAUUCUUUUAUAAAGUAUUCCAAUUAAGAAAAGCCUUCUUUGAUAUCAGAAUAGGUACUUCAUCUCAGAAGACCUCUGAUGUUAUUAAAGCUUCCUGUGUUCUUCCCACCUCGCUGACUGUGAUGCAGCAACAGUACAGUGCUGCAUUAAUCUUCCCAGAGGCCAUGCCAGAAAUGUUGGUGUUUGGCUACCCAGCUAGGGGUGUCGUAUGGGGGGGGGGCAAUUGCCCCCAGACUCUGAUUGCCCCCUCAAGGUCUGGCUUGCCCCCCUCACCCCCCAAGGAUUACACUCUCAUGAUUUUUUUGCCCAAAUACACCUCUAUAGCUCUGAACCUUUUCCUCCUGACAUUCUUCCUGAUACUUCACCAUCGUUCCUUGUUCCCUGGUCUCAUUCUCUGGAUUCUUCUCCUAUUCCCGCUCCCCCAAUUCCUUGCCUGUUGCUGCUGUGAAGGUCUUAGGAGAUGGAGACUGAGACCAAAUGCCAUGGAUCAACCCUUACCUUGGGUCUUAACCCUCGGCUCAAUUAAUUUUGCAGUACUCUUCACUCGACGCCUCUCCCUUUUCCACAAGACACCGUUCUUCUACUACCCUCACCUCUACAAAUCUUUUGGGUACUCUGACUUCACUGGCAAACCCAUCCCUGCCCGGCCUCAUCCCUCCCUCAAUACUUGUACCAGAACUACGACAAGAAUUGGUCAGAUUGUGGAGAAGACCUAUGCGCCUGCCUCGUGGGCUAUGAUGCAAUAUCAGUACAGUGGUUCACCACAUCCCCUAGAGACCGCCUAA